AUGGCUGACGAUCUGGAACCGCAGUCUCUCAAGAAGCUAGUCCUCCGAUCGCUGAAGCGCACUUACGAGUUCUUCGAUUCGCAACAAAAGUCCGAUGGAUUUGUUCGCGACCCAACCAGCCGUUCAAUCCGACAAUCAGUGAAGAUCCGCGACGAGUACCUCGUCGUGCGCGAUCUCCCCCCGCCGCUGCCCGCGGGGCAAGCCAGCAAGGACUCCGCGCAGCCCGCGGGCGCAGGCGCGCCAGCAGGGGGGGCGGGCGCGUGCGGAAGCCUGCCGUCGCUGGCGGCGGUGGUGGAGCAGGCGGCGGCGCAGCCGCAAGCGGGGCUCGCAGGGCCUCCUACGGCCCCCUCCGCGCCUGGGAGUGCAGGCAGCAAUGCUGCAGGAGCCGCUGCUGGCAUUGCCCCUGGUGCCUCCAGCGCCAUUGUGCUCGCCUCCAGCUCUGCAGGCCAGGGGGCCAUGGUGCCGCUCACGGCGCCUGGCGCUGCUGCUGCUGCGGCGCCCUCCAAUGCCGUCACCGUCGCAGACAGGUACAAGCCCAGUGCGGCCAUCAUACGCCGUCUGCCCAGCAAGUGGCCCAAGCCUGAGUGGCACCCGCCUUGGAAGAACUACCGGGUGAUCAGUGGGCACAUGGGGUGGGUGCGCUCAGUGGCAUUUGAGCCAGGCAACGAGUGGUUCUGCACCGGCUCUGCUGAUCGCACCAUCAAGAUCUGGGAGCUGGCAACAGGCAAGCUGAAGCUGACUCUCACCGGCCACAUUGAGCAGAUCCGAGGCCUGGCAGUGAGUCCCAAAUACCCCUACAUGUUCUCAGCGGGUGACGACAAGUUGGUCAAGUGCUGGGACCUCGAGUACAACAAGGUGAUUCGCUCGUACCACGGACACCUGAGUGGCGUGUACUGCCUUGCGCUGCACCCCAUGCUCGACGUGCUCCUCACCGGCGGCCGGGACUCUGUUUGCCGGGUGUGGGACGUGCGCACCAAGGCGCAGAUCUUUGCUCUCGCGGGCCACGACAACACCGUCUGCUCCGUCAUCGCGCAGGCCACUGACCCCCAAGUGAUAACGGGCUCACACGACACCACUGUGAAGCUCUGGGACCUGGCAGCGGGCAAGGCCAUGUCAACACUCACCUACCACAAGAAGUCCGUCAGAGCCCUAGCCAAGCACCCCUUCGAGAAGACGUUUGUGUCGGCAUCAGCGGACAACAUCAAGAAGUACAAACUGCCCAAGGGGGAGUUCCUGCACAACAUGCUCUCACAGCAGCGCACCAUCAUCAACACAGCAGAUGUGAACGAGGACAACGUGCUCGCCUCAGGAGGUGACAAUGGGUCCAUCUGGUUCUGGGACUGGAAGAGCGGCCACAACUUCCAGCAGACGCAGACCAUCGUGCAGCCCGGCUCGCUUGACAGCGAGGCGGGCAUAUAUGCGAUUGCGUUUGACGUGACGGGCAAGCGCCUGGUGACGUGUGAAGCGGAUAAAACCAUCAAGAUGUGGAAGGAGGACGAAAAUGCCACGCCUGAGACGCAUCCCAUCAAUUUCCGGCCACCCAAAGACAUGAGGCGCUUUUGA